GGGACCGGGUGUCCCGGGCACGCCAAGAUGCAGGCGCGGCGGUGGCUCCUCCUCGCCGCGCAGCUGGCAGCUCUGCACGGCAGCUUGGCCCUCGUGCAGACCCCUGCAUCCUUGAUGGUUCAGACCAACCAGACGGUGAUGCUGUCCUGUAAAACCAAAACCUCACCUUCUAACACACGCAUCUACUGGCUGCGGCUGCGCCAGGCCCUGAGCGCUAGCAGUCACUAUGAGUUCCUGGCCUACUGGGAGUCCACCAAAAAGACUGUGCAUGGCAAGGAGGUGGACAAGGAGAAGCUGACUGUGCUUGGAAAUUCUCCCCAGAACGUGCUCAAGCUCCAAAGUGUGAAGCCUGCCGACAGUGGUGUCUACUUCUGCAUGAUCAUUGGGAUGCCCAACCUGAUCUUUGGGACGGGAACUCAGCUGAGUGUGGUUGAUGUACUUCCUACCUCUCCCCAGCCAACUCAGAAGACCAGCCCUAAAAAGAAAGUGUGCCGAUCCCCAAACCCGGCGACUCGGAAACGUCUGUCCUGUGCCCCGCUCAUCACCGGCCUCCUGGUGGCCGGUGUCCUGAUUCUUCUGGUGUCCUUGGGUGUGGCCAUCCACCUGCGCUGCCUGCAGAUGAGAGCCCGGCUUCGUCUCUUAAAACAGUUUUACAAGUGACCAGAGAAUAUGUUUUCUGGUGUCCCGCUACAAAAACAUUGGUCAGUGAUGAGCGAGAUCCAGAAGAAUGAGAGAGAAUGGACACACUCAGCCAUGGAACUGUCACUGAAACCGCAGAAGCUGCCUGUUUUUAACUACAGCAAGUUCUUUCUAUGGGCCUCCUGCAUGGGAUCUACUUGUUCAUGAUCACUGGCAAUCUUAGAAAGAAGGCUUCAGAACCCCACGGCACUUCCUGCUACUUGCAAGGCACUCUGGAGGACUGAGUACAGAAUGGUGCCCAGUGCACCACUUCUGGCUCCUGUAACUCAGCCCGGGUUGGGCUGGGAACUUUAUGUUGACUG